AUGGCCGGCUUUCAGAUCGCACCCGCGGCCAAGCCCACGGACCCCGAGAAGAUCACCCUCGAGGCGUGGUCGCAGGGCUUCAUGGUCGGCGCGUUGAUCGUCAUGGCGGUGAUCACGCUGGUUAACCUACGCAAGGGGGUGCUCCUGCAUAAACUCAUUCUUAUCGAGUUAGCCCUCGCCGUGCCCAACGGUUUCUUCAUGUUCCCCAACCCGCCGGUGUGGGGAUGGUUCCUGUCAUCGACGGUCGUGCCUCUCAUCGCAUCUUGGUCGCUGCACAACGUCAUCGCCUGGAUAAAGAACAAGCCCUUCCUGGGGCAGACGUCAAGCCGCGUCUACAUUGGCACCGUCAUCCUGGCCCAGCCGUACUGGAUACUGGAGAUAUAUGCCAACUUUGCCUACUUCAACAACGUCGGCAACACGCAGCUGUUCAUCAAGACCCGCCCCUUCGAGGCGCUCUGUCGUGACCCUUGGUGGAUCUUCACCACGAUGAAUCUCUUUUACAACAUCCGCUACCGGUAUGAGCUCAGAGUGGUCGACAUCGUCAGGGUCUGCCCCCGCUUCGGCGUCCUCCUCUUUUGCAUGACGCUCAGCGUCGUCUUCAUCGUGAUCGACCUGCUCUCCGUGACGCCCGUCAUCCCCAUCGGGGUCAUCAACCCGUUUUGGAAGUUCUCCAUGGUCUUCAAGUGCUUGUCCGAUACCAUCAUCCUCGACGACUUCAAGACGGCGCUCGACAAGCUGAGCCGGCACCGGAGGUCCCAGAUCCUUCCCUUUGAUGCUUUUGCGAAUACACAGUGGCUGUCGGAUGGGCGGGCCCCCGGCUAUGAUGAGAAGAAGAUAUGCCCAACGCGGUCGCACUCGGGACACGCCUCUGUCCAACAGAUUGAGACAGUGGGCGAUGGUAGAAGACCAACAAUCUCCUUUCCUCCGCCCACGUUUUCCUCAGGGUUGUGUACUCGCGCUGCGCCUCAACACGGUGACCCAGAAAUGGAGUCCGACAGUGGAGCCGGCGAUCAUGAGAGCGAAAAGCUCCAGACGACCGUUUGCGCACAGAGCGAGGGCCCCGCCCGCGCACAUCGUCAACACAAAAAAGAUGGUGGAGGUCACGGCCCUGGACUGGAUCGUCUUCUUCGCGGCGAUCCACGUCACCGUGGCGAUCAUGGUCGCAUUCCACCUGGGGGACACGUACGUGCCGGCCUGGGUCAAGGACGACGGCUGCCUCUGCGUCCUGACCCCGCUCUUCUGCGUCGGCCCGGCCCUCGCCUGGCCCUUCGUCGCCGUCUACUACCUCGGCCUGAGCGCCGCGGGCGGGCUGCGGCGGGCGUGGGAGUACAGCAUGUCCAGGGACUCGUUCUGCGGCAUCCCGGUCAGGAGGAGGAGGAGGAGCAGGAGCAGGGGGGUCGGGACGGAGGCCGACUACCACGAGCUCGGGCAGGCGGAGGAAGGGGUUCGGGCGGGGUCGCCUCCGGGGCGGGAGGUGGCUGUUGCGCCCGGGCCGCAGGCGAGGAUGUCGUUCGAGUCGGAGGAGACUCUGGGGAAGUGAGGGAGAAACCAACACACGCCGUGCACGGCGUCGUCGCGGGCGGACAUUUGGUUAUUUGUCGACAGACAUGGGAUUGA